GAACAUAUGGAAGAAAGAAACAAUGUGACAGAGUUUUUCCUCUUGGGACUCACUCAGAGUCACAAGGGUCAGCAAAUAUUAUUUGUUGUGUUCUUGAUCAUCUACAUUGUGACAAUGGUAGGUAAUCUACUUAUUGUUGUGACUGUGAUGAUCAGCCCAAUUUUGGAUGUUCCUAUGUACUUCUUUCUUGGCUACUUAUCAUUUAUGGAUGCUGUUUAUUCUACUACAGUUACCCCAAAUAUGCUUAUUGAUUUACUCAAUGAGAAAAAAUACAUUUCUUUCCCAGCUUGUAUGGCUCAGCUUUUUCUAGGACACCUAUUGGGUGGUGCUGAGAUUUUACUUCUGGUUGUCAUGGCCUAUGACCGCUAUGUGGCCAUCUGCAAACCCCUGCAUUAUUUGACAGUCAUGAACCAAAGAACCUGUGUUCUGCUGUUGCUGUUGGCUUGGGCUGGGAGUUUUGCACAUGCCAUAGUCCAACUUCUCUCUGUUUACAACCUUCCCUUUUGUGGCCCCAAUGUCAUUGAUCACUUCAUUUGUGACAUGUACCCUUUAUUAAAACUUGCCUGCACAGACACCUACCUUAUUGGCCUCACUGUGAUGGCCAAUGAUGGGGUAAUUUGUGUGAUCAUCUUUGUGCUCUUGCUCAUCUCCUAUGGGGUCAUUCUGCAAUCCCUAAAGAAUCUUAGUCAGGAAGGAAGGAGCAAAGCAUUAUCCACCUGUGGCUCCCACAUCACUGUGAUAGUCCUCUAUUUCGUCCCUUGUAUUUUUAUGUAUAUGAGACCUCCUUCUACCUUACCCAUUGAUAAAUUCUUGUCUGUAUUUUACACUGUCAUAACUCCUAUGUUGAACCCUCUUAUCUAUACUCUAAGAAAUGCAGAGAUGAAAAAUGCCAUGAAGAAGUUAUGGACCAGAAAAAGAAAAUGA